AUGAUGGGCUCCGUGCUCCCGGCUGAGGCCCUGGUGCUCAAGACCGGGCUGAAGGCGCCGGGGCUGGCGCUGGCCGAGGUCAUCACCUCCGACAUCCUGCACAGCUUCCUGUACGGCCGCUGGCGCAACGUGCUGGGCGAGCAGCUGUUCGAAGACAAGAGCCACCACGCCAGCCCCAAGACAGCCUUCACCGCCGAGGUCCUGGCGCAGUCCUUCUCCGGCGAGGUGCAGAAGCUGUCCAGCCUGGUGCUGCCGGCGGAGGUGAUCAUCGCACAGAGUUCCAUCCCAGGCGAGGGCCUCGGCAUCUUCUCCAAGACGUGGAUCAAAGCGGGCACCGAGAUGGGUCCCUUCACUGGCCGAGUCAUCGCCCCGGAGCACGUGGACAUCUGCAAGAACAACAACCUUAUGUGGGAGGUGUUUAAUGAGGAUGGCACGGUGCGCUACUUCAUUGAUGCCAGCCAGGAGGACCACCGAAGCUGGAUGACCUACAUCAAGUGUGCACGAAAUGAGCAGGAACAGAAUCUGGAGGUUGUCCAGAUUGGCACCAGCAUCUUCUAUAAGGCCAUUGAGAUGAUUCCUCCUGACCAGGAGCUGCUGGUGUGGUAUGGGAACUCACACAACACCUUCCUGGGGAUCCCUGGUGUGCCUGGGCUGGAGGAGGAGCAGAAAAAGAACAAGCAUGAGGACUUUCACCCGGCGGACUCGGCGGCGGGCACCGCGGGCCGCAUGCGCUGCGUCAUCUGCCACCGCGGCUUCAACUCGCGCAGCAACCUGCGCUCGCACAUGCGCAUCCACACGCUGGACAAGCCCUUCGUGUGCCGCUUCUGCAACCGCCGCUUCAGCCAGUCGUCCACGCUGCGCAACCACGUGCGCCUGCACACGGGCGAGCGCCCCUACAAGUGCCAGGUGUGCCAGAGCGCCUACUCGCAGCUGGCCGGCCUGCGCGCCCACCAGAAGAGCGCGCGCCACCGGCCGCCCAGCGCCGCGCUGCAGGCGCACUCGCCCGCGCUGCCCGCGCCGCACGCGCACGCGCCCGCGCUCGCCGCCGCCGCCGCCGCCGCCGCGGCGCACCACCUGCCGGCCAUGGUGCUGUGA